CGUGAGCCUGACGAAACCUCACGCUGUUGGUCAGCAACCGUGCGUUGUCGAAAUACUUCCGACAAAGCUUCACAGCACAGAAGAAUAUCAUGAAGCGUUAACUGCGUUUCAUGCUCAUGAAAUCUUCCUGUAAAGUUGCAGAUGUGGAGCAGGAUUUUCAGUCCUCGUGUGAUUGGUAGAACAGGUUUCUAUUGGAGGAGUCUCUUCACUAUGCAGCUGAAGACCAGAGAGUUCCAGUCUCUGUUCAACGAGGGCCUGAAUAAAUUAGCAGAACUGUUUGAGAAGCACCACCAUGAGCUGAGAAUAGCUGGAGGGGCUGUGCGUGACCUGCUGUCAGGGAAGCAGCCUGAAGACGUAGACUUUGCCACCACAGCCACUCCAGAGGAAAUGAAGCGUAUGUUCCAAAGUGCUGGGAUCAGGAUGAUCAACAAUAAAGGAGAGAAGCAUGGGACCAUCACAGCAAGACUACACAAUGAGAACUUUGAGGUGACCACGUUGCGAGUGGAUGUUCAGACAGAUGGACGUCAUGCAGAGGUGGAAUUCACCACUGACUGGCAGAAAGAUGCUGAGCGGAGAGACCUCACUAUCAACUCCAUGUUUUUAGGCCUUGAUGGCACACUAUAUGACCAUUUCAAAGGAUAUGAAGACCUGCAGAACCAUAAAGUUCGGUUUGUUGGCAAUGCUGAACAAAGAAUCCAAGAAGACUACCUGAGAAUACUGCGCUAUUUCAGAUUCUAUGGCAAGGUGGCUUUGGAGCCUGAUGACCAUGAGUCCGAGACACUGGACGCCAUCAGGAAAAAUGGCCAUGGACUGGCGGCCAUAUCAGGAGAACGAAUUUGGGUUGAAUUAAAGAAGAUGUUAGUUGGUAACCAUACUGCUCAUCUCCUGGAGCUGAUGUACAGUCUGGAACUGGCCCAGUACAUAGGUUUACCUCCAGAUGGCAAUGUUGAGGAGAUGAAGCGAGUGUGGCACAACGCCAAAGACCACUCUCCCAAACCCAUGACCAUCCUGGCAGCACUCUUCCACUGCCCAGAGGAGGUGGAAAAGAUGGACAUCCGACUGAAGGUGUCCAAGGAGGAGAAGAAUCUGCCUCUUUUCCUGGUGAAAUACAGACGGGAGCUCCGCAAGAAUCUCGAUGAGCCAGACAGCCUCAAACCAUUCACUGACUUUAUCAUCGAUAGUCGAGAGCUGGACUCCCAGAGUAAAGUGUGUGAGCUACUGAAGUAUCAAGGUGAGGAGAAGCUGCUGACAGAGCUCUGCAGAUGGACCAUCCCUCGCUUCCCUGUCAGCGGUCACGAUCUGAGGAGGAUGGGUGUCACGUCAGGCAAGGAGAUAGGUGCCACCUUACAGAAGCUGCGGGACAUCUGGAAGAAAAGUCGUUAUGAGAUGGACAAAGAUGAACUCCUCAGUUAUGUAAAGCCUUGAACACACAGAAAACGGGGUGCGUUUGUGUGUCUGACAAUAAUUAUCUGGACUCCUGACAGUGUAAUUGUGCAGCUCACAGGUAUUCAUUAAAUCGACUGAUGUAUGUGGUGUUGUGAAGGGACACGACAAGAACUGAGACCAGCAUGAAUGAAAUAUCAUUGUAAAUUAACCCAUGCAGAGCCAUUUUUGUUCCCCUGCUUCGCCAUGUAAAUGUGAGCGGCUCACACACAAGAUGCUCUCGGCAACACAACGACCAUACCCUACCGUAGGAGAAAGCAUGUGUCACCACAUGUUAUUACAGAUCUCAGCUGUUGAGCAUAUUCCUCAGUUAAAGUGCUGUUAAUCUGUCACACUAUCACCAGUCAGACUGGUGUGAUGAGGGUGAAAGGUGAAGGCAGGACUCUGGUGUGAGCAGUGAAAUAAAUGUCAGUUCAGUAACUACAGAAGAUAGUUAUCCUCAUUGGUUGAACAAUAUUAGAAAUCAGAUGUUUGGUUUUGAUUGUUUUGGUUUUCUCUAACUGCAGUUAUGUCUUCAUUCUUUGCUGUGUUUUUUGUAAAGAAACAUCUAUAAAAAGGUUAUCCUUUUUGUUUGCAAA